CUAUAAAUCAGAUUACAAAAGCCCAUGAUCAUUCCUAUGCUUGUUGGAUUUAUCGUUUUUUUCAUUGUUUAUUACAACAAUGCAAGGGAUUCUGCAUAUAUAGAUGGAGUUGAGGUCACCAUUCAUUACCAAUGCAUGGGUAUGUUACAGAUUGAGGUGGAUCAUCAUCAAAUAGUUGAAUGAAUCAUCUAAUUGAUGGAGGAUCACACCAUUCGUCUGGCUUCAGAUUAUUUCAAAAGCAGUCAGUACCCAAGAUGGCUGGAUAGGACUUUGAGGGUUCAUGUCUGCAACCCAGUUCAAGGUUUUCCUGGGAGGAUUACAGAAGAUAAUAUAGUGGAGACAUUAACAAUUCCUGUAUAUUCUGUAACCUUGACUAAAGAGUCAGAGUAUUUUCAGAAACUUUUUGGAAGUGGGUUUAGAGAAGCUUCUGGCCAUGUUGUGGAUAUUUACAUUGCUGUCAAAGAGAAAGAGGCAUUCCAACAGAUUCUUCUGCUAUGCACAGAUGCCAGUGACAUAUCACUCACAGACGUCGAGGAGCUCCUAACUCUAUGGAAUUUGUCAGACAGGCUUAUGUUCAAGCGCUCAUGUUUGUAUGCUGUCAAAACCCUUACGAACACCUCACUAACUUGGCAGCAAUGCAUAAUAAUUAUAGAGAAAUCAUUUCAAUUCUGUAGUAAUCAGUGCCAAACAAAAAAACUCGUUGAAAAAUGCACUAGAACAUUGAUAGAUCAUUUUCAGGACCUGCACUUUUUGAAAUCUCGCAUUGAAGAAGACCAAGUCCUACUGAAUGAACUCAAGGCAUUGCCAUUAUCUGCUCUGGAAGCCCUGCUUUCAUCUGAUCAUCUUCCUGUCCAAAGAGAAGAGGUGACAUUCUAUGGCAUGGUCAUAUGGGCUCAACACAAUGCUGCAACUAGAGAAGAGGAGCAGCAACUCAUGACCAAGAUGGCUGUUCACAUCCGCUUCCCAUUCAUGAAACCAGAAGUGCUAAGUACUCUGACAGAGAUUUGUGAGAUGGGGGAUCCAGUCUGUCAGCAGUUCUUAGUAGAAGCUCUCAAAUACAGGGCUGCAUCAGAUGAAAUGAAAGAGAAAUACAGAUCAGAGGCAGUUGGGCACAGCAGAUUCAGAUGGAGAAUAGGUUAUUACAAACCCAUCAAGGUCAUCACUCUUGAGCAUCCAAGAAAACAGGCAACAGUUCAUAUGUCUGUAUUGCUUGAUGACCUAGAGGCCAUGAUUACAGAUGGGGUAUUGGAAUAUGAAUCAUUUAACCUUUCUGGAAAUAGAUUUUGUUUCAGGAUAAUCCAAACAUCGUCACCAUUUGUAGCAAAGAAAAGAAUUGGGUUGGAGAUGCUGUUGAAGAAUAACAGUUUUGCAAGAAUAAGGUGUGACAUCAGAGUAUCUAUGUGGUCUCAAGUGCAGAUGAAAUUUGUCAACAAAUUUAGGGAAUUUCACACAUUUGAAGCAGAAAAUACUGUGUUCAGCUAUCCUGACUUGUUAAGCAAAGAUUGGAAAGAAUAUACCCAAGUCAUGGAUUGUGAAAGAAAAAUCUACAUCUGUGUUGAAUUCUUGGUAAAUAAUCUAGAUUAGCUGGAUGUCCAAAUAAUCUACCAGGAAGAGGAGCAGGUCUAGCAGAUUCAUUGGGGUAUUCCUCAAAGACUAUAUAAUGGAGUUUAAGAGGUUGUGUUUAGGUUGGAUUUUUAUUGUCGAAAUCUAAGUUCAAUAUCAUAUGGGGAUUUUAAAGUGGAACUCUAAGUUGUGACUCUUGAUUUUUAAUAUAAGGAGAGCUUGCAUUGGUUUCAUGCUGAUGUUCAAAUGAACAAGAUAUUUGUAAUCGAUAUGCAAUUCAAAAAAGACUAUGGGAUGGAAUUGAACAAAUGUAUAGAAGGAUAAUUGUAGUUAAUAUGAUAUACGUAUUCUGG